AAUGAAAGAACUUGGGAUUUAAGACUGUCUCAAGGUGAAACUCGUGAAUUAAAGUGUUGACAAACUAUUUAUAUCUUUUCAUCAGCAGCGAUACUGAACAACAAAAUGGAAGAUUAUGAAUAUCUUAUUCUAGUAAAAUUAUUUAUUGACAUAUUUUUAGUUUGAAAUUAUUAAAUUUUCGGGAAAAUUGUCGAGUAUAUAAUAUGAUUUUCAUGAUCGCAUGACACUCGCGCUUCUGCUCACUUCUGCUUGCGCAAUCAGCUGCUUCUGUUUACAAGUGGGGAAGUGUAGAAAGACGAAAACGUCUUGUCGAAAAUACACUAAAUGAACAUACUUUCGGAUAAAUAAAAUGUCCGACUAUUUUACUGAAAUGGGCUGGACGCCAUUGAAUGAUGGCGAGGCUCCAAAUCAUUUAAUACACAUGGCUCGAUUCCUGAGAGAUUUUGGAAUGUGGGACUUAACAGGACAGACUGAAAGGCUUCCUCCUCCCGCUUCAAAAGAAGCCGUUGAAAGUUUGAAAGAAACUGAAAUUACUGAACCGAACAAACAAUGUCCAGUGUGCUUAAAGGAAUUCGAAAUUGGCACAAUUUCGAAAACUAUGCCUUGUAAACAUUCCUUUCAUAAAGAAUGCAUCGUGCCAUGGUUAGAAAAGACAAAUUCAUGCCCACUAUGCAGACACGAGCUUCCCACUGGUGACGAGGAUUACGAAAUGUAUAAAAAGGAAAAACAACGAGCAGUUCAAAGAGAAAAAGACAUGGAAACUUUACACAAUUCUAUGUUCUCUUAAUGAAGUUUCGAGAAAAUAUAUGUAAAUUUCAAGAA